AUGCCGCAGCAUGAGCAUAUGGAAAUGCAUCGUAAGCGCCAUGGCGUGCGUAUGGAUGCCGUUGAAAAGAAGCGCAAGAAAGAGGCACGUGAGGUGCAUCGCCGCUCCCAGUUUGCUCAAAAGGUGCAUGGCCUACGUGCUAAGCUGUACAACCAGAAACGUUUUAAGGAGAAGGCUGCUAUGAAGAAGACACUGGCAUUGCAUAAUGAGCGUACGAACAAGCACGCCAAUGACGAUGAGAUCCCGGAUGGUGCCGUACCGUCCUAUCUAUUGGACCGCGAAGGCGUCUCUCGUGCCAAGGUGUUGAGCAAUACUGUGAAGCAGAAACGAAAGGAGAAGGCUGGCAAGUGGGACGUACCGAUUCCUAAGGUCAAGCCUAUUGCCGAUGAUGAGAUGUUUAAGGUAUUGCGCUCUGGCAAACGUCGCAAUAAGUCAUGGAAACGCAUGAUUACCAAAGCCACGUUUGUGGGUGAGAACUUUACGCGUAAACCGCCAAAGUACGAGCGUUUCAUUCGUCCCAGUGCCAUGCGCUUUAAGAAAGCCCACGUCACCCAUCCAGAGCUUAAGACGACCUUCCACCUUGAUAUUAUUGGUGUCAAGAAAAAUCCGCAGAGUCCGCUGUACACGCAGCUUGGUGUGAUGACUAAGGGUACUAUCAUUGAGGUGAACGUGAGUGAGCUAGGGCUUGUGACUACGUCAGGAAAGGUUGUGUGGGGCAAGUAUGCCCAGGUCACGAAUGUGCCGGAGAACGAUGGCUGCAUCAACGCCGUGCUGCUCGUUUAA